AUGCCGUCAGAUCUUGUGUUCCAGUUAGCUGGAACUUGCAAUGAGUAUCCUUGGGGAAAGCAAGGAACGGACUCUUUAGCAGCCACUUUUUGCGAGAAAACCCCAGGUACCGACUUCAAGAUUGACGCCAAGAAGAACUAUUCAGAGAUGUGGUUCGGUGACUACCCAGACUUCCCGGGGCGUAAGCUUGAUACUGGCGAGCUGUUAGCGGACGUGCUCCAGCGGGACAAAGAGCGACUACUUGGCAAAAAGGUCAUGACACAGUUCGAUAGCCAAUUACCAUACUUGCCCAAGAUAUUAUCGAUAGCGAAAGCGCUGCCGCUGCAGAUUCACCCGAACAAGGAGCUCGCGACCAAGUUACGCGAGAAGGACCCGGAAAACUUCACUGAUCCGAACCACAAGCCUGAGAUUGCCGUUGCAUUAUCGAAAUUCGAGGUCUUUGCUGGGUUCAAGCCGUUGGAUGAGAUUGCGCCGCUGUUCAAGCUUGAGCCACUGAAGAAGUUCGGCCCUGCGGGGUCAGACAAGUGGACGAACGAGACACUACGAAAUGCUACGCGCAAUCUACUAAAGCUCGAUCUCAAGGAUGUAAGAGCGAUACAGACUGACUUGUCUUUGAUCUCAAGGGAAAAUUUUGGUAAUGCGGCGUAUAUAGUUGAUCUACUACCACGACUUCAGGACCAAUAUGGUCCCGAAGACGCAGGGAGUCUCGUCGCGCUUUUGUGCAUGAAUUACAUGGUUUUCGAACAUGGAGACGCCAUUUUCAUCCCUGCAGAUGGUAUUCACGCUUAUCUCUCUGGCGAUAUUGUUGAAUGCAUGGCACGUUCUAAUAACGUAUUGAAUGUGGGAUUCUGUCCACCGGCGGACCGCAACAACGUCGACACCUUCGCCAACACAUUGACAUUCAAGGCGCAUAGCAAAGACGAUGUCAUACUCCCCCCCACAAAGUGCGAUAAGAGUAAGAAUCGCAAAACCAUGGUAUACAAGCCGCCAAUGAGCGAGUUUGACAUGCUUCGGACGGACUUGGCGAAGGGAGAAAGUGAUAAAAUUUCCGCUAGUGAAGGGCCGGGUGUCAUGAUUGUUACGUCGGGAAAGGGUGUUCUGCGCGCCGAUGGUAAAGAUUUUCAAUUAUCAGAGGGAUACAUCUUCUACAUCGCCCCUGGCGUUGACGUUCAGCUAGAAGCCCAAGAUGGUUUGCAAGCUUUUACAGCGGUGAUUUAAGAGAUAAAAGCAGAGGCGUAGAGGUAGCAAAUGCGAUUGAUUUUU